AUGUCAAACCAAUCUCGAAUGCCAGAUGGCUCAGUGCUAGGCGAUUCUUGGAUAAUGGCUUCAACAGCUUCUAUCAAGGACAAGGUUCAGAAUCAAUCUACCUCUCCAAGAGAGAAGGGAUCAUAUAGUCCAGAAGAACCCGCAAGCCCAAGUCCUCAGCCGAGGUCUUCGAGGAAGAAGAACAGCGCCGAGACCACGGAUUCAAUAUCGUCGCUGACUUCUUCGUCGUCAUCUUGGACAACGUUGGGCCCGGAGCUCGUUAUGCCUUCCAUCUACGAAGUACCCAUUUCAGAGGCAUCAUGGGUCGCGCCAGGCGUGCUAUCCAAGGAUCAAAGCACCAUGAAAAAAAGACGCAAGAUAUCACAAACCCAUGAUAAACAUCAGGUUACCACUGUACCUCGCAGUCAAGACGCCGGCUCGUCGAUCCCAACACCUCAACCUCACACCCCAAGCUUAAUCGCACGCCUCUUCAUCCGCUAUCGCGAUCAAGUUGCCCUCCGCUCCAUAAUAAACGCUCUCCUCAUCGCCCUCAUCCUCCAUCUACUCGUCCUCCCCGAAGCUGUCUACCAACUCCAAGACCUCUGCCAUCUCCCGCCCGUGAAAUCCAUAUACCCAGACAGCUGUAUCCAGCUCAAACCCCAGCUACGCCCCUUCUUACCUCUAUCCAACCCCAUCAUCUCACCCGAGCAAACCAUCAGCACUGCCCAAAAAGAACUCGAAUCUAUCUUCGACAUCACCCUCCAAACUCUGACCCCCCUCGCCCACAUCCUCAAGGGAAGCGAAACAAUGCUAUCCGAUCUCCAAGCCAAGCUUCAAGUCACCUUCCCAGAUGCCCAUAAUGCUCUCGAUCUGGAGUUCCAAGGAAGCGACCAGGCCCUUCGCGCAGCAGCAUGGGAAUUCGAUUCGCUGCGCGCUGAUCUACGCUCCGCAAUCGAAAGUCUCCUCUCCUCCCCGCCAACACCAGAAUCAACAGGCUCAAUGUCUAUCGCGCGCGACACGCGUCUAGCAGCUCAACUCCGCCGUCGCGCAGAAUAUCUUGAUCGAUUGCGCGCGCAAAUUCGUUCCAAGGCCGACUCGCUAACCGCUCGGUUCAGUACAUUGGACGAUCACCUCGAGGCCGUGGACGGGAUAGUCACACGGGAAGAGCGUAGAGGGUCCUUGUUCGCUUCCGACAGCAGACUUGACGGGGUGGGGACCACAGGAGCCAGUCUGCACGCGAUGCUACACUCGUUAUCUAGCUAUGCCUCUUUCGGGUCGCGAUGGUCGCGAUCGACAGGUGACCCGUCAUCUGUCGGUUCUGAUGCUCACGCUCAUGCUCAUGCUCAUGGAGAUGAGCAGAGUAACGAGAAUGGGAGAGACCGACCCCUCACAACCCUUGCUUUGUUGAGGCUUGCUGCGACGCACCAUCGUCCCGUGGCUGAUUCGGUAUCCCGGCUGUCACGUCAAUUACAGGGUUUGCAGCGCGGUCCCUUAGGCCCCACUUGGUGA